CGUGCGAGUAUCAUUUUCUAUCCGUGCUAAUUUUCAUAUUUUACCUGAAUUUAGUUUGUGAUCGGUGUAUUUUUCAACGUUUUAAGAAGUAGGACAAACAAAAAUUUGUAUCUACAGAUUCUAAAAGCGCGUCAUCAGCCCGCCCCAUCGGCGACAGCUCCGGUUUGAACAUGCCCAAGACAUGCUGCGCUUGCGGGUGCGGUGAGAACUCGGAUAAGAAUAAGUCGGGAGGGACAAGCCGGGUGCACUUCCACCGGUUCCCGAACCGCGAGAAAUCCCCCGAGCGUUUCGAACGCUGGGUUCGGUUCUGCGGCCGCUCCUUCAAGCCGUCGCGACAUUCGCGGAUCUGCUCCCUUCACUUCACCCAGAACGAUCUGGAAACCUCCUCCAGGCUCAAGGAGAAGUUACUCCCCGGUGUCUCGUUCUUGCCUCGACUCAACUCCACCGCCGUGCCCACCGUACGUAGCGGAGAGGCACGCAGCGAGGAGGUCGGUUACGGAGAGAUCCGCCUCCACGUGAACGAACAGGUCCGCAACGUGGAGGUUCGCGACGUCCACGUCCGGAGAAGUCGGAGAGACGUUGCGAAGAGGGAUUCCGAUCCCUUGAGGGAACCAACCGUUUCUGACUGUGAACUGCCGACCGGUUCUUCGAGCGGUGAUGCGAAUAUGGGUCGACCAAGGUCCUGGAUUCCUGAUCCUACUCGACGGCUCUUUCUCAGGACUGAUUUGAGCGGACCGAAUUCUGCUAUUGAUAAACGAAGUUCAUCGACGAAAGUUGUAGAUCAAGCCCGAGAGAAUUUUAGUCUCGCCGACGUGUCGAACUCUCACGGCGAGGAUGACGUCAGUAUCAAGGUGGGUCAUUGCGAGGAGGAGUUGGCGAACAUCGAAUCGUCGUAUCAGCAAAGUCCGAACAGGUCGGCGCUAGGAAAUGACAAGCAGAAGAAGCCGCACUUCCAGCAGGAGCAACUGCGGUUCCUGAAGCCCAGGGUGACCGCGGCAAGGUCCGGGAGAGACGUUUCCGGGACGGACUCAGGAGCGCCCCCUGACGUCACAUCCGACGCCGACACCAACCACCCGGGUCGUCACGACGUCACUAUCAAGAUCGAGCCGGAUGACCAACUCGACAUCGAGCACAACCUCUCAACUGAGGACAUAGAGGACCCUCCAAAGCCGUCAAUUUUUGUCACGCCGCUCAAUUACACCCCAGCCGUAGAGGAAGUGACAGAGUCCGUGGGUAAGCGUCCUGCCACGGAGGAGCUGUGCGAGCUGCAGACAAAGAUACAAUGCCUGGAAGCAAGCCUGGAGGCUCUGAAGAAGACGCCAACGGUAACUUUAACGCCAACGGCAACACUAACACCAACGCCAACACGAACACCCUCGCGCGAUUCCCUAGGCGAGCAAAAUGGGAUGCGCUACUUCUUGCUGAGUCUACUUCCCGAGUUGGAGACCAUGCCCGAGGAGCAGAUACGCGCUUUCAAAAUCAAAGUCAUGAUGCUCGUCGACGAAAUCAAGUCCCAAAGCAAACGAUAGCCUUCGCUGGCCCCGCCCGACAAGCUUUCGUCUCGAGGUUCAGUUUAGCUGAAGUGACUGCAGCAGCGUGCCUCCCGUUAUGCGCAAGGAAGUUUGGGUACCUACAGUCAGAGCAUAGCUAGAGUGCCAUCAAUGGGAAACACUGGUGCUAUAACUAACGGUAUUCAGUAACCGGUAUUCGGGCUAACAAACUAAGAGAAAUCUAUUUUUCCGUUACUUACAGAAUAGUUUAAUUUGUUAAUUUGUGUCGUAAGAUAUUGUUAUUAUUUGAUUUAUGUUGAUGAUUCUUGGUCCUAAUUUUUCAGUUAACUUGACGAUUUUGAUGAGAUAAGACGAUGAGAGUAACACUAAGACCUUGUAGUUGUCGUGUCCGACCAAUGAAAAUUGUGAACUUUAUUUGCUUUAUUUUUGCAUGUCACAAUGUUACAUUGAUAAUACAUGUAAUAACGGAAAAGAAGGAUGCGAUAAUUUUUUAAGUUUGUUUUGGCAUUUUGUCGAAGACUGAAUAAUGUCUCGUAAAAUUGUAAAAACUAUAUACAUAUUAUUCUUUUAAAUUUGAAGCGAUUCUGACUGACUUUUUUUGUAAGUUUAUGUAACAUCUCUUGCACGAGAAUAUUAUGUUUCGUUUGUAAAAUAGGGAUGAUAUAAUUAUCUUUAAGUCUCAGGAAUUCUCGUCUGAAUAAAGUGCUAAAGUGCAUGAUCUCGUUUGGAAAUGUAAA